UUCCAUAAUAUUUUCCGCUAGAGGCGCUGAAAGUUCGUAAUAACGUCUACUAUUCGUUUCCGGUUUAUGUGGUAGCUUAACAUCGUUCUUCAUUUUUCCUUAUUCAUCCAUUUGUGUGCGAUAAGUUAUAGGCACUUCACAGAAAUGGCGACCGCCGUACCAUCAAGAUUUGCAGUUCUCAGCAUUGAUGAUGAUGAUUGUAAGCCGAAGAAAACCCAGAAGAAUGUUACUGCCGGUAAGACGAAUCAAAAAUCGAAACAACAGCAGCAACCAAAAAAGGAUGACAAGAAAAAACAAAAUAAGGGAAAAAAGAAAAAAACUAGUAGCAAUGAAAAUCAACAAUGGGAACAAUGGAAACGGAAAGAUAGAAUGGCUGUCGAGGAAACGUAUGAGCAAGAAUUACAUCAAGCUAUCUUUCUGUCAAAGCUGGCUUAUGAAGAGCAGCUUGUAAGUGCAGUCAAGUCAGAAAAAGAAUCAAAUAAAAAAUCAUGGAAAAAAUCAAAAAAGGCUACUAUGUCAUUGGAGCAGUUCAACAAUAUGGGAUUAGAAACUACUUCUACUACUACUACUACUACUCAAAAUAUGGUAUUAUCUCCAGAAAAUGGUGAUACCAAAUCCAAAGAAUUAGACACAGAAUUUUUUGAAAGAAUGGAAAAGGAGACAAAAGAAGAAAUCACAAAGGAAAGAGAAAAGAAUUUAUUGAAGGCGAGACUAAAUAAAAUCGAUGAUGACAUUACAUCUGCUCAGUUAAGGGUAGAGGUGGAAAAACGUGACGAUAUUAUAAAUGAAUUAAGAAGUCAAGUAGAAAGCUUAAAAAUGGAAUUAAGACAAGUUAAAGAAAGGAAUAAAAAGCUUUAUCAAAUAUUAUCCCAUGGAGAAAUGAAAGAUAAAGCGUCGGUAUUAGCUGAAGUAGCAAAAUUACAAGAAAUACGAGACGAGUUGACGUCCGAAGUAUCAUCCUUACAUGCACAAUUAGAACAAGAGAGGUCCAAAACACGUACUUCUAGUACAGAUGUGAAACCAUAUAAACAAACUAAUAAGAAGAGGCCCGUUAAUGGAAAUGCCUAAACUACAGACUAUUUUUGUUGAAUGUAAAGUACUAAACCAUUGUGGUCUAUGAAUCUUAAUUUACUGCUAAUGACUUAUCAGUUAACAGUCUCAAGACUGAUGCGUAAUCAUUAAAACUUAAGAUCUCAUGAAAAUGUAUCACGUAUUUGACUUUAAAGCAUAUAAAGCAAUCUUUUAAGUAACGUAUUUUUCAAACAUACAGAAGUUCACUCAAUGAAAAUAGGGUCAUAUUUUUCUAAAGUGCAUAUUUUCAUUUGUGAUUUGAGUUUCAUUCUUUCAUAAUACGGUACAAGAAUAUCUUUUUUUUAUUCAAACUUUCUUACACAGUAGUAGUUGACCAUAACUUUGCAGUCAAGUUUAAACGGGAAACUAGUACAACAUUACUUCCAUAUUGCAACUUGACACCAUAAACAAAUGUCGUUAUCUUCCAAAUUUUGUGCGGACGUACGUCAGUGAGUAUACAUUAUCUGAAGUAUUUUGUAAUAAAUAUAUUCUACACCAUUCUUGUUGAUGUUAAUAAUUUCCUUAAUAUUUUGUUAAAGCUAUCAGUGAAAUUAAGAUAUUUUGAUAUUGUACAUACAAUUUAGAAGUAAUAUUUUAUUCAGUGCGAACAUUUGUGGACAGAGGAUUAAAAAAGGAAUGAUUAAAUCUUUUGUUCUAUGAGACUGAAACAAAAUUACAUAAAUAAAAGAAUUUCAGGUCCUAAAUGUAUAAGCCAUAUUUAUAUACAAACUAUCAUGAAUGUAUCAAAAUAAGUAACGAAAAUAUAUUUUUUUCACAAAAUUA